AUGUCGAACGAUAUGACGGGCGAACAGAUGCAGGCCAAAAUAACGGCGGCCAGACGAGAAGCCGAAGCUCUCAAAGACAAAAUCAAGCGAAAGAAGGAUGAAUUGGCAGAUACGAGCUUACGUCAAGUCGCGCUUCAACACACCGAGCCAUUACCUCGGAUAGGCAUGAAACCUCGGAGGAACCUGAAAGGACAUCUCGCAAAAAUCUAUGCCAUGCAUUGGUCAACAGACCGGCGCCAUUUGGUUUCAGCGUCACAAGACGGGAAGCUCAUUAUCUGGGAUGCUUACACCACGAACAAGGUCCACGCCAUUCCCCUACGCUCAUCGUGGGUGAUGACCUGCGCUUAUGCCCCCAGUGGUAACUACGUUGCGUGUGGCGGCCUUGACAACAUAUGCUCAAUCUACAAUCUUUCCACGAGAGAGGGCCCAACCCGUGUGGCUCGUGAGCUGUCCGGACACUCUGGAUAUCUGUCAUGCUGUCGCUUCGUCAACGACCGAAAAAUAAUCACCUCCUCUGGCGAUAUGACUUGUAUGCUAUGGGAUAUUGAGACGGGCUCCAAGGUUACCGAGUUUGCAGACCAUCUGGGCGAUGUCAUGAGCAUCAGCAUAAAUCCCACCAACGCCAAUGUGUUUGUCUCGGGCGCAUGUGAUGCAUUCGCAAAGCUGUGGGAUGUGCGGACGGGAAAAGCAGUCCAAACGUUUGCCGGCCAUGAAUCCGACAUCAAUGCUAUUCAAUUCUUCCCGGAUGGAAACGCAUUCGGGACAGGUUCAGACGACGCCUCAUGCAGACUCUUUGACAUCAGAGCCGAUCGAGAGCUGAUGGCUUACCAGAAUGAACAAGUCCUAUGUGGCAUCACGUCUGUUGCCUUCUCGGUCUCUGGUAGAUUACUUUUUGCGGGCUAUGAUGACUUCGAAUGCAAGGUUUGGGAUACUUUGCGGGGUGACAAGGUGGGCUCCCUCAGUGGCCACGAAAACCGAGUCAGCUGUCUUGGUGUCAGCAAUGAUGGUAUCAGCUUAUGUACUGGGUCAUGGGAUUCAUUACUCAAAAUCUGGGCAUGGUAA